AUGUCUCGCCCAGAAUCUCGCUAUUCCUUUGACGUCCCAAACCCUUGCAUCGACUUUGCGACUCUGAGCGAUGACGAUGUACACAAUGCAGACUCCUGGUUUGACCAAAAAGCCAAUCUGGAGAACGUGCCUCCUGCAGAAAAUCUGGCAAAGGUCUCCCUGAACAGCCCUGCUUUUUCCAAGCCUGAUAUUAUUCUGUCUUCUGUCACACCGCAAGGAAUAACAGCGAGUGAAAGCCAUGGUGCAGAGGAUGCUGAAGCAGAACCAGUGCAGGUUGAUGUGCAGGCCAGUGCAGUUCCUCAGAAUAUUGUUGGAUCCCUGUCAAGCUGGAGAGCUGCUGCUCCUGCGGAGGCCCCUCAAAGGGCGGGUAGAAGAAAGGCUCCAAAGCAAAGGAAAACACAGCAACGCAAGCAGCCAGCUAGAGUCAAAGCAGAGACAAAUUCUGAUGCCUUGGUUAAAAAGGAAGAGGUUCCACCCCUGAAAAAAAUGAGAAUGAGCAGAGAGGAGGUGACAGAAGUAUCCACACAGAAAGAACCCCUGCAGAAUCCUGACCUCUCCCCAGGGAGAGCGAAAAGCAAGCUGACCAUGCCCUCCACGCCAACAAUGUUGAAGAGGACCAAUCUUCCUGGCAAGGUGAAGAGUACAGAGGAGCAGGAGCUAGAGAAGAUGCAGCAGUUACAGCGGGAGGUUAUGGAGCUGCGGAAGAGGAAUGAGGAGUCCCUGAAAGCAGCUAUUGCUGGAGCAGGACAACCUGUGAAGAGAACUGUCGGUCAAAUUACAAAGCCAAUUGACUUCCACUUCUGCACGGAGAACAGAAUUAAACAACCCAGGGAAAGCCAGCCUGGCAAUGAGUACAAGGAAGUGGAUUUUGCAGCGGUGCUGAGGAAGCAUCCUCCCUCCCCGGUGCGAAUGCCAAAGGGACCCACUGUCCCCAAACCUUUCAACCUGUCCCAGGGAAACAAAAGAAAACAUGAAGAAAGCACAUCAGAAUAUGUGUCGCUUGCUGAGCAAGUAGAAGCAUUCCAAAAACGCACACCCUCUCGUUACCAUCUGAGGAGCAGGAAAUCUGAUGAAGGCCCAGUUCCAGCAAAGCAGGUGAAGGCUCGGCUUACAAACCCUAAAACACCAGUGCUUCUGACAAAGCAGCGCUUCAGACCUGUCACCUGCAAAACUACAGCAGAGUUAGAAGCAGAGGAAAUGGAGAAAAUUCAACAGUACAAAUUCAAAGCACGAGAACUCAAUCACAAAAUCUUUGAGGGUGGACCGCUCCUGCCCAAGAAACCCCCUGUGAAGGAACUCACGCAACCCAUUGGCUUUGAGUUGGAAAUAGAAAAAAGGAUUCAAGAGCGCGAGAGCAAGAAGCAGCAGGAGGAAGAGCACUUUGAAUUCCAUUCCAGGCCGUGUCCAACGAAAAUCCUCGAGGACAUUGUGGGUGUUCCGGAGAAGAAAGCACUUCCUGUUACAGUCCCCAAGUCUCCGGUCUUCGCCUUGAAAAGCAGAACCCGAACAACUGGCAGAGAUGAAGAAAAGGAAAAAGAGGUGGUCCCUGUGAUCAAAGCUAACCCUAUGCCACAUUACGGAGUGCCCUUCAAACCUAAAAUGCCGGAGCAGAGGCAUGUGGAAGUUUGCCCCUUUUCUUUCGAUGCUCGUGACAGAGAGCGGCAAAUACAAAAAGAGAAAAAAAUAGAAGAAUUGCAGAAGGAAGAGGUGCCAAAGUUCAAAGCGCAACUUCUGCCUGACUUUGACGAAGUUAAGCUGCCAGAAAAAAAGGUCAAAAACCCAACUAAGGCUGAACCCUUCAAUCUGCAGGUAGAUGAACGGGGAGCUGCCAAGCUGCAGAGCUGGAAGCAGCAGCUUCAGGAAGAGUUGAAAAAGCAGAAAGAGGCGGCAUGUUUCAAAGCUCGUCCCAACACAGUGGUGUACCAGGAGCCUUUCGUGCCUAAAAAAGAAAAUAAGCUGCUAUCAGAGAGCCUUUCUGGUUCCAUAGUUCCUGAAGGCUUCGAGCUGGCAACAGAAAAAAGAGCUAAAGAGCGGCAAGAAUUUGAGAAACGAUUGGCAAAUAGAGAAGCCAGAAGGGAGAGGCGUCAAGAGGAGAUCAGACAGCAGAAAGAGGAGCGCGAAAAGGAAGAAGUUGCUAAGCUAAGACAAGAGCUGGUUCACAAGGCAAACCCAAUACGCAAAUACCGCAGCGUAGAAGUGAAGCCCAGUGAUCAGCCGCUGACUAUGCCGAAGUCUCCCAACUUCUCAGAUAGAUUCCGGUGUUGAUACACAUCCAUGUGGUGGUAGGAGGGAGAUCCCAUCCCUCUUCGCUCUCUUUGAUAGGCAGAGAGGGAACACUUGUUUUUACGUGACUGCUCAGUCUCAACUCCU